ACCCUGAUAUUUAAGCAAAUGUUUUAAUAACUCUUCCUGUGUGGCAUUGAAAAAAGCUCUCACUAGUGAUUAACCCCAUUACCAUGACCCUGCGUGGAUUGGGAGCAUGUCACUGGUCCCUCCCCCCCCAAAGCGCAGACCGUAAUCCCAGAUAAUCUCUGCAUCCUUUGAACACUGCAGUCAUGGCUGCACUGAAGAAAAAUGUACUGUCUCGCGAGCGCGUGACCGUCUCAGAAAGAAACACUUUCACUAAACAAAGAGAGCAAAAGCUAAAAAUGAGGCCUGUUCUGUUGCAACCGGACCACUCACCUCCUCAAAUUCAUCAACAGCUCAACGCGAUGCAUCUGCAUCAGCGCUUGAGAUACCUUAAGAAGAGAGAGUUGACAGCCCAACAAAACAACAGGCUGCUGCUGCGACAGUUCGAGGAAGCCCAGGACACAGUAAUAGAGAUGUUGACCCAGACUGCUGCCAUGAAAACUAUUCGGACGGAGUAUGAACGGUACCUGGAGGAGAGCGCCCCCCGCUGGCAGCAGCAACUGAAGGAGAAAACACAGGUUGCUCAGACGAAGAAGAUGGGGGAGCAUUUGAGGCCAUGUGUAAAGAACACAGAGGAACGAGAGACCGCAUCCUCUGCAGAGCCACCUCUAUUGCCACAAGGCUCCACCACAAUGACACAACAUAUUACAGCUCCCCCAGAGCACUACAGUCCAAACUGCCACUUGGACUACAACCAAGAUGGCUCCCCUCAUCUCUGCUACGCAAAGUCUUCUUGGCAGAACCGCCUUCAAUCCCAGACGGACAGAUUUCCCAUCAGGGGGCCUCAUCAACCUCGGGGUUCCUCUUGUGUUCCUCCAGCUUUCCUCCCACCACACAUCUUCCCACAUCAUCACUCAUUGCAGCACAACCUCCCCAGCUCCUCACCCGGUGAUGGACACCCCGGACCCGGACCAAAUCCACCGGGCUCGGUGGCCCUGCAGCCCGAGUACCUCAGGUCCUGGGUCGCCGGUCCGGCUGGGACCCCCUCUGCCCGUGACGCUUUGUGGAGUCAGCUCUGCACGGAGCAGACUCCCCCUGAGAUGGGGAUGGCACAGGCGGUGGGGGAGGAAUGUGACCCGAGCCGGGCCCCAAGCUCAAAGACAGAGACAAGUGGCGGAGGCAGGAGCAGUCAUUUAUCCCAGGAGCUGGACAGCAAACCAGUUCGUCUGUCUGGUAGCCUUAUGGAAAGCAGUGAAAGCAGCAGGGAGCCGAGCCGGGCGAGCAUGAAGAAGAGAAAGAAGAGAAGAUCCCAUUGUUCCUUCUCAGGCUCUCAGGAGUCGUCUAGGGGUUCCAGUGCCAUUGCUGCAGUCAAAGUGGUCCAAAGCCCAGAGAGUGAUGCCUCAUCGGAGAAAGGAAGAAGCAGCACAAGAAAGGCAACGAGGAGAAGUGGGGGGCUUGCUGUUGGAUCACCAAGAGCUGAGAAGGUGAAGGGAAGCAAGGGAGCCGACCCCAGGAGUCACAAAGAGGAGAGCCGGCCUACCAGUGAGGAGAUGCGGAGUCCAAUGGAGGAAUCUAGAGGGGAAAACACAGCGAAUACGAAUCCUGACGACAAAGCAGAAAGUUGUGGAGAGGAGUCUGCAUCCCAGAAGGAGGAAUCAGAAAGUGUAAGUAUGAACAUUGAAGACAGAGAGGAACCAGAAAAGCACGAGAGCAGCAGCUCGGAACAAAACAAGGGCGACGAAGAUGGAGACGAAGAUGAUGGUGCUGUUGAAGAAAAAGAGAACGGUCAGACAGAUCAAGAGCAAGAGAAGAGCAAUGAGGAUCACGGGGCUUCUGGGAGAAAGAAUGCAACGGAGGAGGAUGAAGAGCAGGAAUCAGAGGAUGAGGAGCCAGUGGAUGAGGAGCAGGAGUCAGAGGAUGAAGAGUUGGGCGAGGAUGAGAGUGACGGAGGGGAGGAGUCAGACGAAGAGGAACACGGAGACGCAGCAGGAGAAAAAGAGGGGAAAAGUGACUCAGACGACAGUAUCAUCUUGCCACAGGACAAGUCGAGUAAGAUGCACGUUAUUCACGAGGAGGGAAGUGAGGACGAGGAAGAAGAGGGGAGUAGAAUGGGAUCCUCUGGAGAUGAUGUUGAGAAUCUACUUGCUCCUCAACAACAACCAGAGAAAAAAGAAAAGGACCUGACAGCUGAUGAGCAACCUAAAGCUAUGUGUGACAACGUGGCCAUUUUUCAAGUGGAGCCGAACAAAUCAACUAAGUCCGAAAACGCAAGUGACUCCGACGAGUUUGACAACUUUUUUGCUUGAAUGCGCUCAUCUCAACCUUCAAAUUGCUACCUCAUAGUUUAGU